GCACAGUUCAGGACACAGGUGGUCAGUGCACACACAGCGGAGACAGUUCAGGACACGAGUGGUCGGUGCACACACCGGGGACAGUUCAGAACACGGGUGGUCAGUGCGCACAACAGGGACAGUUCAGGACACAGAUGGUCAGUGCACACAACGGGGACAGUUCAGGACACAGGUGGUCAGUGCGCAAUUCAGGGACAGUUCAGAACACGGGUGGUCGGUGCCCACAGCGGGGACAGUUCAGAACACGGGUGGGUCGGUGCACACAGCGGGUACAGUUCAGGACACGGGUGGUCAGUGCACACAACAGGGUACAGUUCAGGACACGGGUGGUCAGUGCACACAACAGGGACAGUUCAGGACACGGGUGGUCAGUGCACACAACGG